AUGGCGAACAUCACCUCCGCGACGCAAGAUGGCGCGCGGUUCACCAAACCAGCGGAUUGGGCUCUCCACAUGGUCACCGCUUCACUGAAGUUUUCUUGUUCGAACGACGCGCCAGUCUCGUACACCACGCCUGAUGCUGGUCGCCUUGGUGUGCUUAACGUACUCAAUUGGCAUGAGGCUCAUGACGACUACGAAUGGCCUGAUUUCAUCCAGCUUGGUCAUGACUUCACUCAGGCGAUGCGGUUUCGGCGCGGUCUCGUGAAUGAUGUCUUCCUGGCCCUUGAGAAAGCUGGUGUCAUCAAGAUCACUGGUGAGCCUGGUGUACUCGGAACGCCACAGAGCUCCGCGGUUAAGAGAAGAGCUGGCGUGAGCGUUGCCAUACGUAUGUCCGAGCGAAAGCGUCAUUGCAGUCGUGAGAGCUCCAGCAACGAGAUCGCCUCUGAUAAAGAAAUACCAUACUAUGAAACCGAUCGUUUUCUUGCUAAGAGUAUGCGUUGCUUGAUCGAGUACGCUGGCUUUCCUGUUGAUGACUGCAUCGCUGGCCUUGAGGAGGGCGAUCAUCUUUCUGAAGAAGAUCUUGCAAACACCAUUAAAGACCUUGUGGCCCAGGUCUGA